AUGCUUGGUGUAGGUUCUGGUUUGGAUUCUAUUCAGAUGGAGGGACUUAGAGUUGGUGUGAAUGAGACAAAAGUUGAGAACCCUAGUUAUGGUUUCAAGGGGAGAAGAAAGAUGGACUUUGUUGUUCAGAGUGAUUCAUCCGGUAUGCAUGGCAUCCAGGAGGGAGACAAUAGUUUGGGUGUUACUGAGGGUCAGGAGUUGGGCCCUAGUUCUGGUUUAAAGGUGAGAAGAAAAAUGGACUUUGUUGUUCAGAGUGAUUCAGAAGAAGACAGUGAAGGAGAAGUAGCACCAAAGGGUGAUGUGCCUGCAGAUGAAUUGGUGCAGCUUCAAAGGAUUCCUAAAAUCAAGGAUAACAGGAAACCUGGGAAAUGGUUUGAAUUUUUAGAUGAUGAAGAUGAUGAGGAUUACUUUAAGAGACUUUACAAGAAUGGAGAAAUGUAUGAGGAUGCUGAUUUUGGGAAGAUAAUACUAAGGCCAUGGAUGAUUUUCACUAAUAAGGCACACUUUAAGGAUACUCUUAAGGACUUUGCUGUACAAGGGAGAUUUGCAAUCAAUGUGGAGUAUGCUGACAGCAAGAGGUAUAUAGCAGUGUGCCAAUCUCAGUGUUGUGACUGGAGGUUGCAUGCAAGUAGGCUUUCAGAUGGUAGAACUUGGGCAAUUAAGAAGAUUUGGCCCAAUGUACACACUUGCAGAGGUUUAGAAACAUACAACCCCAUAUGCAAUGUUAAGUGGGCUUCCCAGAAAGUUAUGGAAGAAAUCAGAGCUAACCCAGACAUUUCUGGGAAAGAUUUAAAUGAACUUCUAUUCCAAAGAUAUGGCAUCUACACGAGACAAUCUACUUUGUAUAGGUUAAAGAGUUAUGUAAUUGAGCAGCUCUUUGGAGGCCAUGAUGAGUCAUACUCAUUGUUGCCUAUGUAUGCUAAAAUGUGCAUUGAGACUAACCCAGAAAGUUUAGCAUUUUGUGCAUGGCAAGAAACUGAGUCCCUGCCUAAGCAGCUGCAGUUCACAAGUAUCUUCAUUUCCUUCUCUGGACAGUGGAAAGGACUUCUCAUAGGAGUUAGACCUUUUAUCGGUGUAGAUGGAACACACCUAAAAGGUAAUUAUGGGGGAAUUCUGCUUUCUGCUGUGGGAAUAGAUGCCAAUAAUGAGAUCUUUCCCAUAGCCUAUGCUAUAGUGAGCCAAGAAGACAAGGAGUCAUGGAGUUAUUUCUUCUGGCAUUUGCUGAAAAUUGUCAAGGAAUCCUCAAGGGAGCAUUGGACAAUCAUAUCUGAUAGGCAAAAGGGAGUGGAGUUAGCCUUAGACAAUGUGUGGCCAGAAGCUGAUAGAAGAUUCUGCUGUAGACACCUCAGUAGGAAUUACAAAAAAAAGUUUCCAGGCCCCAUGAUGUAUGUGCUAUUUUGGAGAGCAUGCAAUGCAACUUCAGCCUUUUCAUUCAGAAAAGCUAUGGAGAAGCUCAAGAAAGAGGGAGGUGGUGAUGUCAUGUGUUGGAGGGUGUGUAUGGUGAGAAUUGCAAUAAGGAUGGAGAAUGCAAAGUCCUGGAAAGAUGAAGACAUAUGUCCUAAAAUUGUGAAACUGGUGAAAAAGAUAGGCAAGGCAAGCUCAAAUUGUAGAGCUUUCAAGUCCAGCCCAGGAGAGUAUGAAAUCCAUGAAGGUAGAUCUCAGUUCCCUCUGAGUCUUAACAAUAAAAUUUGCAAUUGUGAUGCAUGGCAAUUGUCAGGGGUGCCAUGUAGGCAUGCCAUUAGGUCCCUAAUUGAUGCAAAGUUAGACCCACAUGAUUUUGUUAGCUCCUGGUACUCUGUCAAGACAUAUAAGCAAGCAUACAGUGUAUGCAUUAGCCUUAUUCCAGACACAGAACAAUGGCCUGCUGAUGACUCUGGCAGAAUUAUCAUGCCACCUAAGAUGAAAAGGGGAAUUGGAAGACCAAGUAGGAAUAGAAAAAGGGAGGAAGAAGAAGUCCAACCAAGCAAGAGAAGCAAAACAGUCAAAUGCUCUAAGUGUGGAUGCUUUGGGCAUAAUAAAGCAACCUGCAAUGGAGGCUUAACUGGGAAAGAGUUGAAGGCAUCUGAGCCUGUUGUCAUAAAAACCCAAGGGUCAGAGACCAAUCAAAUGCAGCAAAAGCAGCAACUAAGUCUGUAG